AUGAGUACAUUUCUUUACAAUAGCGUUCGCUUUAUGCUCAAACCGUGGAGGCCUAAAAGAGAAAUAUUUCACUUUGUAUUUUCAAAGGCAAUGACCCAAUCAUCUGCUACCAAAAUCUUAUUCUAAUUAAGGAAACAUAUUUAAGAAAAACCCAAAGUCUUAAUGCUGUCAAUCAACUCAGCCUAUGGGGAUAUAACAUAAGCAUAAAUUGUAGCAGAAGCUUUCCAGUAGGCUGCAUAAAAUUUAGAUGCUCCAUUUUACACAUUUAUCGAUUGCUAUGCCUUAGGAUCAGCAUACUACUUAGCAAGUUGUGGUACAGAAGUGUAUGCAAAUCCAUUCUCUUUAAUCGGAGAAGUUUAACCAUCUAAGAGGUCCAUUGGAUUUUAGAAUGUGCUUGAAAAUUUCAAAAUUAAUUAUAGAAAGAGUAGAAGAGAAACCAUUUUAUUAGAUGCAUUUACUAAAGUGAGUGAAAAAUAAUUGCAAUUUGUAAAUAAAGAAGUUCAAACUGAAUUUCAAUUCGCAUUAGAUCAGAUAAAAUAGAAUAGAGCAGGUAAGAUAAAGAAAUUUGAGGAAAGCAAGAUUUAUACAGCGUAAUAAGCACUUGAGAAUGGAUUAAUUGAUGAUAUUUGUACUUUUGAUGAAGUUUUGGCAAAGAAAUAUCCAAAGUACAAAUUCAGAGAGUUGACACUUUAUAAAGAUGAAAGUUCAAUGAUUAUUGUCUAAGGAUAAUUACAUUUGGCAAUUGAAAAUCUGCUUACCAAAUUUGAGAACAAUUGCUAAUAUUUUGUUAAUGAAAAUGCUUAUCAUGACAUAUAAGAAUAGAUUAGUGAAUUAUUGACUAAUGCACUAAAUAACAUUGAUAUUUAAUAGAGUGCAUAUGAUUUGAUGAUGGAUUAUCUGAAUGACUUUAUUAUAAAUUCUAAUAAAUAUUGA